AUGUCUCUCGAAGACCCCAUAACAGUACUCUACAAAGAGAUCAAUGGCAGCAAGAUCACAACAGACCUCUACCUCCCCACCUCUUCAUCUGCACAGAAAUAUCCCGUUGUAAUCGACAUCCAUGGCGGCGCCUUCAUGCUCGGUCACUCGCGCAUGGUAUCCCUCCCACAAGUAAACGACUGCCUAAUGCGCGGCUGGAUAGUCCUCGUCCCAAACCACCGGCUCUGUCCAGCUGUGAACCUCCUCGAAGGCCCAAUGCAAGAUAUCCGCGAUCUCCUAGCCUGGAUCCACGCCGGCCAUCUAGACAAAGUCCUGCCAGCAGGCUACAGCGCCGAUCUGGAAAAAAUUGCUGCAUUCGGGACCUCAUCCGGUGGAACUUUGGCAUUGGCAUUGGGCUUCGACGUCCCAAGACCCGUUGCCGCCAUCCUAUCUCUCUACGGUGCAGUGCAUUUCACAGAUCCAGCGUGGAAAACGCCCCUCCAGCACGUCGCUGCAAAAUUGCCGUCUAAUCUAUCCGAUGAUUUCCUGAACGGGGUCUACGACGAGUAUCCCGUUCCGACGGAUAGCUCGGUUUCAUUGGAAGGGCAGACGGAGUCGGGCGUUAGCAAGGGACCUGAUUUUUCGAAGCCGAGGGAUGCGUUUGCCUUUACGCGGAUUGCGUCGGGGAAGGUGAUUGAGGCCAUUUAUUCGUCCGUGGAAGAUCCGGAGAUGAGGCGCGUUGAUCCUGUUUUGAAUGUUGGAUCUGGGUUCCCGCCUACGUAUAUUGUUCAUGGUAUGGCUGAUACUAUGGUGCCUAUUGGGCUUAGUCGGGUCUUGUUGGAGAGAUUGAAGAUUUGUGGGGUCAGGUGCGGAAUGACGGAGGUUCCUGGGGAGGAACAUACUUUUGCUGCUAUGAUGGAAGUUGGGUCGAAGACUUGGUGGUUGCAGAGAGAAGGGUUUGAUUUCUUAGAGAGAGUUAUUGGGAAGGGUCCUGGAUUUUAA